AUGUCUGAACGAUCUUGCCCCGUGUCCGGACCACUGGGUGGUAAAUGUCCUGGCACGCGAGCGGCAGGAGGCAGAUCCCAGCUCCGCGGACCCAGAGGCUGUUCCUUCUCUGGUUACUGUCAGCCUGGAGACUUACAUGCUGCUUUUGACAUCCCACGAGGCAUGGAUGCAGAGGAAUGGCUAAGGUUAAGGGAACGAAAAACAAUCAACGAGCUUCUCUACUCCAACAUACCGGCUCCUUCGAUUCUCAAUGCAACCAAGCACAUCGACACCCUGACCGCCAGCGACCACGACCUCCUGGCUGUGGCUCUAGGCGCGCCAGCUCGACAAGUCAUCAUCAGGGCCGAAGAGGUUGGUCCAAGGAGCGGUUGGAGAGAUGGCUUCCUGACUGCAGAGUAUGGCUUCGUGCCACAUGAUCCAGACAUGUCACCCGCAGCCCUCGCCGCGUCACCCGGCCGCAUAUGGUCUGCCCUCUGCGAGCGUAUGCCUGGUUGCGUGGCCCGCGGCCGUGUCAGGGAUUCGAUCGCAGCUCUGCCCAUCAUCGAGGCGACAGAAGACAUCAUCCCCGACGACGCCCUCUGGGCCGCAUGUGUGGUUCUCGGGAUGCUUUGCUCGAUAUAUCGUUACGAGGAGAACAAUGAUGGCAGUGAAGGCGUCAACACGUCGGCGGCAUCUUCCCGACCGGUUGUGGAAAUGAGCGAUGAUGUUGUCGAGGAGCUCAAAGGCAUCCCGAGGAGUAUCGGUCUCCCAUACUUUCAGGUUUCGAAAAGAUUGGGGAGAGCGAUCCCGCAUCUGAGCUUUCCGGAUCAGUCCUCAUACAACGUCAAGCUCCGCGACCCCCGCUCGGUGUAUCCUUACAGAGAUAGGUUCGACAAUAUUGACUUGCGAUGGCCAGUGUUUGGAGAGCGAACAGAAAUAGCUUUUCUCAAGGGCUGUGCCGAUACGUCCGCCUCUUUUCAACAUGGGCCGGACGCCAUUGCCAGCUGUCAGGAGCACGUCAUGAACAGAAAUGUGGAGGGUCUUCUGCACGAGCUCAUCCGCCUCAAGGAAAUCAUCGAGAGGAUGCCAAACGCCUUCCACUCGAUAUCCCCAAACCCGAGCUCGGGGGAAAACUUCGUGUCCGCUGAGGAGUGGGUGCGGUGGGGGCAGUUCUCAAAGCCUCUUUCCAAGCGCUGUGCAGCGGCAUCUGGGCUUCAGUUCCCUCCCUACCUACUAAUGGACGCCUUUCUGGGUCGCAAGAAGUACAGAUCAUUCCUGGGUGCUGAAGGCGUUCACUUGAGGGCUUGGCAGCCGGCGAACCUGCGCGCCUUCAUUGCUGCUGUUGAAUACCACUACAGCGUUCCCGAGUUUGUAGAGAAGUCGGGUGACCCUCGGUUGAUUGGAGUGCUGGACGGGAUCGUCGAGGCAUACUGUGGUGAGCGAGGCUUCAUGGGAGUGCACCGCUACAAGGUCUAUGGUAUCUUGGAAGUUGCAGCUAAAACCGGUCGCAGCGAGACAAAUGGCGCAUCCGGAGCAGCAAACGGGCUGAAACCUUGGGAAGAGACACACAAACAAUUCUCAGAGGCGAUGAAAGAACGGCUGGAGCCAUAUCGUGGCGACAUCCCUGAGCCCAACCGGAUGCGAGGGACAUUUGAAGAGUGCAGAUACCGAGCCAAAAUUCUGAGCAGGGCCUCCGUGGAUAAUGACCCGAACAGAACCAUAGCAGGCGUGACGCUAGACAUACAAAACACCGGUAUCACAUUUCAGCCUGGUGACCGGCUGGCUGUCAUGCCACUCAACAGCUGGGAGGAGUGCGCAAAGGUUGCCGCUGCUCUGGGACUAGACGAAACCUUGCUGGAGGCACCGGUCGAGCUGAACCAGAAAUGGACGAGAUUCCUGGGCCAUCUGAAAUCUGUUUCGCGGGCCACAUCUACGGCGGUGCCACAGCUGACCGUCAAGGACAUUCUGAGACGGGGACAUUUAGCGCCGCUGACAAAAGAGCUGGUCCUGAAAGUCCACGCAAUGUUGCGCGCAUCGUCAAAUACCGUAUUGCAGGUGCUGGCAACCGACGAAUGGCCAGUGAGGGGGAGUCUUGGCGAUCUCUUACAGGCGGCAGUCCUGGAGACCCCAGAGUUGGUCUGGGACCAGGCUUUUGACCUCCAUAGUAACUUUGCAUGGCUAGGUGAUCUGGUGCCUGUCGAAGUGCCGAGGACCUACUCCAUCUCCAACUACCCCGACGAACUUCUUCCCAGCACGGUCGACCUGACUAUAUCCCGUUCCGAGUAUCUAUUGUCUUCCAUCUUUGCCAACAACGACCGCGUCACCCGGGCAGGUGUAAGCAGUGGCUUCCUGAACCCUAUGGUGUCGUCCCACGACGAACUACUCCUGCCGAUCGAUGAGGAUGUGCUGGUUGGGGUCUCAAGGCCAGUAGCUUUCCAGCUCCCUCUAGACGGCGCGGCCCCCUGUGCCUUCUUUGCCGGUGGCAGCGGUAUCGCACCGUUCAGAAGCUUCUGGCAGGCAAGGGUCGGCAGCUCUGUCGGACGCAACAUUUUGUAUCUGGGCGUCCAAUCGCGCGAAAAGUUCUGCUAUGAAAACGAGCUGCGGCAGUAUGUGAGCAGUGGACAGAUGGAAGUUCACCUCGCGUUCUCCCGCGACUCUAGGGGUUUGUCCUACGACUCUCAGGCUCAAGACCUUGUUGAGAAGAAGAUGCCUCCACGUUAUAUCAACGACCUGAUCAUAGAACAGGGUUCAACAGUGAAAUUUCAGGGCAUCCUGUCCUAUGGCUUCCUUCUGGGACUAUACUUCUUGGCUAACUACGUCAGGGGUGGAUUGGGCGGAUAUCUCUAUGUCUGUGGCUCUGUUUCCGUGUUCGAGUCGGUCAUGAGCGGUAUCAAAAAGGCCAUCUACUACCACAGGACGGCCACAAUGGAGAACGCAGACGUCAUUGUAAACACAGCCUUUGCAGAGCGCCGGUUCAUGCUCGAUGUUUUCAUGACACCAAAGCCACUGCGUUGUGAUCAACCAACCAUACCUCUCUCGCAGCUUGCUCUCAAUACGGGCCACCGCCCUGGACAGAGGAUGUGGAUUGGUGUCCAUGGGUCUGUAUACGACGUGACAGACUUUUGUCCUAUGCACCCCGGCGGCACCCUGAUCAUCAGGUCAAACGCCGGCGUGGAUUGCUCCAAAUCAUUUGAUUCUCUGGGUCAUACCAACAACCCCGAGGUCAGCAGUCUGUUGACCAAAUAUUUCGUCGGCCAUCUGACCCCAAGGCCCGACUUUCAAGGCAACGACGAUAUCGGCGGUCUGUACGACCUUUGGGCCGACUAUCUGCGAACGAGCGUGGAGACUCUGGUGGCGCAGAGCUUCGAGAUGAACAUCAUGGUUGGUGAGAAGCAGGACUCCCCCAUUGAUCCGACCAUGGUGUGGAGUCAAGGCAACCUUUUCAGCAUGAAAGGCGUGCGCAUGUUCUACAAGUUCCAGUCUCGCCUGCUGCAGAAUGGCUUCUCGUCAUUGUUUGGCCCCAAGUUUCAGGAGCUGGUCCUCAAGCUGUCAUUCAGUCUCGCAAACUCCUCCUCCGCCGGUCCCGUGCCACGCCUGCCGGACGUCUUGGGAGUUAUUGCACGAGCUAAAACUUCGGAAGACGCGGUGGCCACAAGCAAGGAGCUAUCUGCCAUCGGGCAGUUUAUCAGCGACAGCGAGGGGGCGAGGUUUCACGAGCAAGGCAUCAUCAGCUACGCCACACAGGCCAUCGAGCUGGACGUCAGUCUGCUGGAGGACAUCCGCCGUGAGGCCUGCCAUGGCUUCGACGCCUUUGGUGCCUUGUCGGCGCUUCAGGACACCACCUCGGAAGCCGAGACUGCCGUGGCGCUCUCCACUUUCCUGAUGCAGGUCCUGGAAAGGAUGGCCAAGCGGUUAGAGAUGUUUUACGAGAAGCUUUCCCAGCUGUCCGUCUACAAACCCGAGAUCGAAAAGAACCCAGCCCGUACCCGGUGGCACCUCGUCCGUCAGCGCAUCAACGACGGCAGCUUCUUUGUGCUCACGCAGGAAAUGUCAGUGACCGCGGCGACGCAGCUGUUCCAACCCCGGGGCCAGCAGACUGUCGACUUUGAUCAAAUAAUCAGCCAGGUCCGCCACACUCUCAGCGUCAAAGGCGCCGCGUACCAUACGCAGCAGCAGCAGCAUAAUCAGAAACAAAUCGUGACCCCGACAGUCACUCCGCCACUGCUGCAGACGCCUACGCUCAACUCGAUGCACCAAUCCCGGUCGCAGGCGCCGACCGACGGCGCGUCGGCAUUUGAGAGCUACGAGAACAGGAAUGCGCUCAACCGCAUGUCAACAUUCAUGGACCGCAACUUGCGCGCAAUCCGUCGCUUGUCCCGCGUCCCCGUCAUCCCCUCAAACAUCGAUCUCUCAAAGCAGCAGCAGCAGCAUCACCACAAUCUUCACCAUGAAAUCCCGCUAGACACCCCACCGCGCAGCCGCAGUCCGAGCCGAGCGAGGAUCGGCUCUCCGGUGCAGCUGGUCUGCUCCCCGGAUCUGGCAUACGCAAGUGCCCUCCUGGCCGAGCGGCGGGGUUCUGCCGCUAACCAGGGGCGGAACACGCAGACUGGGUUGGGCAUCUCUGGAAGCAAACCCCAACUGCCGCCGCUGGUCACUGGAGCGUCGGCCAUGGCGGCGCUGAUGGGCAAGAUGAAUAUGAGGGGCAGGUCGCCUGCGAGUUCAGGGGCCGGCAGUAACCACUCACGACAGCUGUCUGCUGGGACGGCCAGUCUUCAUGGUGGAAGCCCAGGGGGCAGGACGGGCCGGUCAAGAACGGCAGGGAGCAUAAGCGGAGGUUCUUUGAGGACGUUUAAGUUGGCUAGGUCGCAAAGCGUGCAGCCGACCUUUUGA